AUUUACAAAUGUUAUAAAAUGGGUUAAGUCGUGUCGUUUUGACAGAUAAAACAAGAUGGCAAACCUAUAUAUACCGAUGCAGAGAAAACAAAAUGGCCCCGUACAAAAGUCAGAGAGUGAAGAAGAAAAGAAAAAAUAUAGGCAAAUACACAGUAUAUAUGAUUGGUAUCAUCCUGAUCAAACGGAAACGUCAGCAAGAGACUUUCUGGACCAAUAUCCUUAUGAUCCAAUGGACCAAGAAGCUCUAUUUUUGGUACACCCGUACGGGAAGUACAGGGAUGACAUCAAAUACGUCAUUUCCUGCAAAUGGAAGAUGGAAGUAUACCAGUACCGUGUUCGUUACAAAGAAGAUGAAGAUGUUUACACUGUCCGUAGCGCCAAGGCUAACAGCCUGCUGGACCUGGUAGAACAGUAUCGUCUGGCAGCAGUGGGUCAAGAUGGGCUCAUGUCCUUUUACACCAGAGAAAGUGCGCUCAACCAUCUUAUGUAUCCUAUACCAUGGCCCCACAAGUAUAAAGAUCGGUGCUACCAUGGGUUGCUGGGACGUGAAGAGGCGGAAAAAGUUCUACUGAGUGGAUUUGAAUCUAGAGACAGCUACAGCCCCUUUCUGAUCAGAGACAGUAACUCGGAGCCAGGGGUUCUAAUACUGUCGAGCAUGUUUGUGAAAAAAUCGGACAAGUCACAUACCUUCGAGCAUAGGCGAAUCGACUUUAAGGAAAAGAAGUUUGGGGCUCUGGAUUGCAAAGAAGAAAGUCUUCAAGCUCUGGCUAGUAGUAUUGAACAAAAGUAUCAGAACCGCGGCGAGCUAAUGGACUUAAAGGCGCUUAACAGAGAAGGAUUCCAUGGUGUUGAUACAGAUGUCCUAGAGCACCAUCUUCCACCAAGCAUAAAGAAGAUGGAUGCAUCAGCCAUAAAAAUAUUUCGUGAGGCUUUAGAAGAGGGACAGGAAAAGUAUCAUCACGUCCGUGUAAUGGUUGUUGGCCAUCAUGGCGCGGGAAAAUCAAGCCUCACUAAACGUCUGCUUAAGGAAAAAAUGGAAGAGGUUCAAAGCACGGAGGGAGUGGAGAUUUACAACAAAAGAGGGCGCUUUCAGCUCAGUGACCACAAAUGGAUCAAGUUUGACGACAUAAAAGAGAAUGAAAACGAAAAACUCGAAAGGAUUGCUAGACAUCUAACACAGCGAUUCCCAGAGGGAGUUCCAACAUACAUGUCAAUAAGAGAAUUUACUGAGAAAGAUACUGGGGAAGAGAAAACAAAUCCUAACACAUAUGCUUCAACUGUAGCAAAUGUACAAACUAAAUUUCCCACGACUUUUCCAAAGCAGAGUGAAACAAGAUAUCAAAACACACAGAGACAUCGCAUAUCUCCUCCAGCAUUUAAGAUAAAACCAGACAUUGGCCGAGAAUCGCAAAAUGAUCAAUAUGCAAGUUUAAACAAAGUCCCCUAUAGAAAUUCUCCCCCAGCUUCGAGAACAUCCAGAGGAAUACAGAAGCAAAACAAUGCUCUUUUACCUCCAGAAUUCCCACCGAGAAUAUACAACACGUCCUCAAAAACGUUCCCCGACCCUCGUGUGAGUACAUCUCAAAGUUUGUCAUCUGAUGAUAGCGACGGUGAAUAUGAUGAUUUUGAAAUUCAUAACACCUACUUGACCAGAGUUCUCCAAGACCUGAAAACUCAAUUCACUACCUCAAAUGGAUCGCUAACACCUCCAACUCCAGAUGAUGAGGAAGUAAAGGGUAGCGAUGAUUACGUUAGUAGUAAUAACAGAAUUAUUAUACAAAGAGGAAGUUCUAUUGAACAGGCACUGAAAAAGGACCUAGAAGAGUUACUUCAAAUGUCCUCCAACUUUCUUCAAAACGAAACGGGUUCCAUCACAUUUUGGGACUUUGCUGGAUCGACCGUUUUCCAUUCCACCCACCAGGCCUUUAUGUCCUCCAAGGCUGUUUACCUUCUGGUGACUGAUGCGUCUCUACCGAUGAAUCACUUCAUCAUGGACGACGAUGACGGGCAGAAGUCUGUGGGUGCUUUUCUGAAAUUUUGGUUGAAUACAAUUCACACAUAUUCAUCUGAAUCUCAAAGAGGAUCCCCAAAGGUACUUGUAGUGUCUACACACAGGGAUAAACUGCAGAAUGCCGAGAAAGAGAUAGAAGAACACCAUAGAGAUAUAAAAAGAGUGGUGAAGAAGAAAAUGCUUUCACCUCAUCUUGUUCCUGAAAUGUUUUGCGUGGACUGUAAUGAUCCUGAUGAGGAGACUUUCGACAAAAUUCGAUCUGAAAUACUAGGCAUAGCAGAAAAGGAAGAUAUUCUGUCACAGCAAAUCCCUGCAAGCUGGAUCUAUCUGGAGCGAAAAAUCAUGGAUCUUCGUAAAGAAGGAAAAAAGGUGCUGAAUUUCUCGGAAGUAAAACAGUUGAACAGAUUUUGUGCUUUACAUUUGAAAGAUGAGAUGGAAAUAAAGGUUUUUCUGCAGUUUCAUCAUGCAAUUGGCAACGUGUUGUACUAUGAUGAAAAAGGUCUUGAUGAUAUCAUUAUUUUAAAUCCUCAAUGGCUAGUAGAUGCAUUCAAAUGUUUAAUUACCUCCGACAAGUUUCUUGGAUUAUCCCCCUCACAAUCUGUUCUUGAAGAAAUGAAGACAACGGGUCACUUGAGUAUGGAAAACAUUGAAACAUUAUGGAGUGAAAGAGAAGACAAAUCCUAUUUGGAGAAUAAAGAACAUAUCAUCAAGAUUCUGGAAAGGAUGGAUAUUAUCUCACGACCUAAACGCUAUAUGAAAGACGGGGAGUCAGUUCAAGAAAUGACUACAUUUCUCGUUCCUUGUAUGAUGGCUUUUGAUUCUCUCACUAUAAGAGCCAAGUGGUUAAAGUCUGCAAACAAUGUACCAGCCUUAGGAUUCUACUUCAAGGAUGAGUUCAUGCCACCGGCUGUGUUUUACCGCUUGUUGGCAACGUGCAUGACCAAGUUUCCAGUGGUAGAACAAAACGAUAUCCCUCUUGUGUUUGCCAACACUGCAGUCUUCCGACUAGAUAAAUUCAACUUUCUGCUACUUGCUCAUGAUGACUUUCUCAUUCGAGUUUGGGUGUUAAGGCUUCCCAAUACAUCAUACCAAAAAUCUUCCCUCCACUAUACUAUCAAAAAUUUCUUAGAGGAGAGUCUGGCAAUUAUUUUGGAGAUAUAUACCAGCUGUAGUGCCUGCCCAGACCAUAAACUCACCAAGAGGUGUCCAGACUGUAGAAAAUGCAAUGCAAAUUUUCCAUUUAGAGUUGUUAUUCAGUGCAGCCAGUGUACAUCGUCUGACGCAACCUUCAAAGGGCUUCACCUGUGGGAAGACCUGAAAUCAAACGAGAGUGUAGUUUGUUCUGACCAUGACGAAGUCCAUGUUAUCGAGUCCUCUGAUGUUCUUGCCUUCUGGGAAUGUCCAAAGCAGGUAGUGCGUCCACAGAAUUCUGCUGAGUUGACAGUAACUGUACUGGAAAAACCACUGCAGAUGUCGUAUCAAGUCCUAGGUCGUCUUGCUAGAAGAGUUUCCAACUACUGGGAAAAAAUAGCUCAUAGUAUUGACUUUGACGAUGAAUUUGUGGAGACUACCAAGCAGAAAUUCUGUGGUCUGGAAUGGGAUUGCUGCUUUCACAUGUUAAGCACGUGGUUUGACAAAACACCGAAAGGACGAGGAAUUCUGAGGACAUUGGAAGAUACCUUCACAAAGCUUGACAUUGAUAGAGAUAUUUUGAAGACGUUGGACACAAUUUCCAUUGAAUUUGAAGAUAAUAAGUAUCUUGACAAAAAAGUGUCAAAUCGAGGAAUCGAUGUUAUCUGCAACAGACUUGGUAAAAAGAGUUACCAGCUUGCCAUUGAGUUGGGGUUAACUCCGGUCAAGAUCGAAGUGAUACAAAAGAAUUUCCGAACAUCCAUUGCUCGUAGCAGAGAGUACAUAGACCAGUGGCGUCAACAAGAAAACCCCACAUAUAAGGAUUUACUUCAGGCUUUAGCCGAAGUAGAAGUUGACAAUUAUAUAAAACUUCUUUCAUUUAUAUAUUGAAAUGUUAUUUUCCUCACAGGAAAAGAUAUACACUUUUUGUACCGGUAUAUAUACAAGAACUCAUGCCAUGUGGCAUACCAGAACAAAUUCCCAUUCAAAAUGCCAGAUCUUCCAAAAAUCAAGAUAAAAAUAUUUCAUUAAAUAUCUUGUUCUAAUUACUUUU